AUGUGGUCCUUGGUCCAACGUCGACAAAUAUCUAAUCAGAUAAGAUCAGAAUACCAACUCGAUCCAAGCUCCGUCGAGAAACAGAAGACCAGCCCAUCUCGCAAUAGCUUACCACUCAGCAGUGAUGAGCCAGUUAGUCGACAUAAUUCCCUCAACGACAGUGACUUUAUAGUUCAAAGCACAGGCGACGAUGACCCCCUUGACCCCAAGAACUGGCUUAUUACAACGAGGGCCCGAAGCAUGGUCAUUAUAUGCCUCCUGGUCUUCACACAAUGUUGGUCUGGUGCCGCAGACUCCAUCGGAAAUGCCAUGGCAAGCAAAGAGUUGCAUGUCAGCCAAGUGGCUGAGAACGUCUCAACGGCGGUCUUUCUCUUCGGUGUCGGAACUGGCGCUCUCUUUUCAGGGCCACUAUCGCAGGCCGUUGGACGCAAUCCCACCUACCUGGUUGCUACAGCGUUCUACCUUUUCUUUGUGCUCGGAUCGGCUAUGACGCCUACUUUUGGUGGACAGGUGGUGUGUCGAUACUUUGUCGGGUUGUCAGCUAGCGCUACCCUGACGAUCAAUGGUGCAAGCGUGAAUGACCAAUUUCGACCUGUCAAGAAAGCUUUCGUAUUCCCAAUAGUCGCCUGGGCCAAUAUUGCAGCUCCUGUUAUUGCUCCCAUUGCAAGUGGUUGGAUAGUUCAGGACGAAAAGCUAGGAUGGCGAUGGACCAACUGGGUAACCCUGAUCAUGUCAGGAGCUGCUUUCUUGGUCGCCUUUUUCUUCCUUCCAGAAACACACUUUCCGCUACUGCUGGCAUGGAAAGCGAAAGAACUACGUCGUGCUACUGGGGAUCGAAGAUACAUCUCAGAUCACGAGCAACAACCAUCGUUCUGGAAACAACUUGGCAAGACUCUUCCACUGCCAGCAACAUUCUUCCGCACUGAACCGGUUAUCAUCGUUCUUGGCCUUUACCUGGUCUUACUCUACAUCCUACUCUUCAGCUUCCUAUCUGGCUUUGACUACAUCUUUAAGCGCACAUACUCUCUCACUCUUGGAUACCAAGGCUCCUGCUUUGCCGCCAUUGCGUCCGGAGCUACAUUCUUCGCUGCUUGCAGUCCAUUAUUGUACAAUUGGUCACGAAAUCACACCGAACACAUCCGAGGAGCCGUCGUGGAACCCGAGUUUAGACUGUGGCCCGCUAUCGUUACAGCACCGUUUCUUCCUAUCUCCCUCUUCUGGCUGGGUUGGACAAACGACAGCAAUAUACCAAUAUGGAGUGGUCUGGGUGCCUGCUUUGUAUUUGGCGUUGUGCUUAUGGCUAUAUACGUCAGCAGCUACGAGUACAUCACCGACAGCUACGGGGAGCAUUCCGCCAUUGCGCUUGCAAGUAUCACAAUGUCAAGAUAUCUCAUUGCUGGCGGCAUGGUCAUGGCUGCAAGGCCCAUGUAUGGGAAUAUCGGGGUUCACUGGACCAUGACACUCCUGGGUUGCAUUGCGGUAUUGUUAACGCCGGCGCCAUUUCUGUUCUGGAAAUGCGGUGCCAAGUUAAGGAAGAGGAGUCCAUAUGCAACUUCUGACAUCUGA